AUGGGGAAACUAAGCAAAGAUCGUCGAGAUAUUUAUUACAGAAAAGCAAAAGAAAAUGGAUACAGGGCUAGAAGCUCUUAUAAAUUAAUACAAAUAAAUGAUAAAUUUGAAAUAUUCAAGUUGUUUAAUCCAAACAAAUAUAAUAAUAGUGAUAUUAGUGAAAUAAUAAAAAAAUAUAAUGAUGAAUAUUGUUAUAAUAUAGUUGACUUGUGUGCAGCCCCAGGGAGUUGGUCCCAAGUUCUUAAAAAUAUUUGUUUAUAUAAUUAUUAUAACAUGCUAUAUUUUAUAAAUAAAAAUAAUAAUAUGAAUAACGAAUUAGAUCAUGAAGAAUUUAUAAAGAAUUUUUCGUUAUAUAUAAAUUUUAAUGAUAUUUUGGAAAAAAAAAUUGAUAAAUUUUUAAAAAAUAAUAAUUAUCAAAUAAAAGAACCUAAACUUGUUGCUGUAGAUUUACAAGAAAUAGGUAACAUGAAUUACAUAAAUAUAAUACAAGGUGAUAUUACAAAAAUGUCUACAAUAAAUAAAAUUUUAAAAUGUAUGAAUGAAAAUGAGAAGGAUAUUGAAUUUUCUGUCAAUAGUCCUAAGCAUAUAUAUGAUGAAGAUAGUAGCAUAAAAUAUAAUAAAAUGAAAAAUAAUAUAUUGAAUAAAGAAAAAGAAAAUAACAAAUUUGUAUAUGCCCACGCAGUUGUAAGUGAUGGGGCUCCAGAUAUAACAGGUAUGAAUGAUAUUGAUGAAUUUAUUCAAUCUCAAUUAAUUUUAUCAAGUUUAAAAGUAUGCUGUUCGGUUUUAAAAAUUGGAGGCAAUUUUAUUAGUAAAAUAUUUAGAGGGGAAUAUACAAGCUUGUUAAUAUUUCAUUUAAAUAAAUUUUUUGAAAAAAUUUAUGUUUGUAAACCUCAAAGUAGUCGAAAUAAAAGUUUAGAAUCUUUUCUUGUUUGUUUAAACUUUCAUUUACCUAAAUCGUCUAUCACUUCUUUAUUCAGAAAUACAAAUGAGGUUUGUUAUAAUUUCCAAAAUGAUGGCGAACUUCGAAAUAUGCAUUUAGAAUCAAUUAAUGGAAAGGAUCAAGAAUUUCAAGAUUUGGAAAAUAAUAUAAACGAUAAAACAUAUUUUGAUGACAAACUCAAUAGUAAUUUAGAUACUUCAGAUAGCGAAAAAGAAAAUAAUUUGAAUAUAAAUAAUAAUAUGAAAAAAAAAAAUUUAGAUAUUUUUAAUUUUUAUUGCUCAGAUAGUGAUGAAGAUAUAAAAUAUUUUAAUUCAGAUGACGAAGAAAAUUUUAAUAAUUAUAUUUCUUCAAAUUUCUCAACAAAUAAUAAACUAUUUUCUUUUAUUGCAACACAAAAUUAUUAUGAUUCAGACAAAUCGUAUUUGUUGCCCCAAAACUAUAUUAGACACGAGCCUCAAAUUAUGCCAUUACAACCUCCAUAUCUUUUAUCAUUACAAAAUAGAAGGAAAGAAAAUAAAAAAGUGUGA